AUGCCAGGUCCCACUCCCAGCGAUCCUUGGGGCCAGCUUGACGAUGUGGAUGGCACGGCUUGCUACACGACGCUGGGACUGGACAAGCGGUGCAGCCAGGAAGACGUCAAAAAGGCCUACCGGCGACUGGCGCGCACGCUGCACCCAGACAAGGGUGGGCGGCCCGAGGCCUUCUCGGCCCUGCAGCACGCCUUUGAGGUCCUGAUCGACCCCAAGCGGCGGGCGGUGUACGACACCUGGGCGGCCCAGCUGCAGUACCGCAGCGUGCGCAUCGUGGCACAGCAAGCGGGGCGCGGCGGCGAGGACAUUCUACUGGAUGAGUUUGAUGCGCUGGGGCUGCACUGCGAGCCGGCCACCCAGCUGGUUGUCACCUGCGAGGUGUGCGGCCGGCCCGCCACCAAGCAGUGCUGGACGUGUGGCAUGCCCAUCUGCGAGUUCUGCACCCUCAAGCAGCACUGGAAGGACAACUUCCCGCUGCACUGGCCACUCAUCAACUCGGACCACAUGCGGGAGCGCCUGGCUCGGAGGGAGCUGGAGAAGAAGCGGCUGGAGGAUGCGAGCCAAGCAGCGCUGGAGGGCCCCAACCACCGCUCGGAGCGGGAGCUGAGGGACGUGCGGGCCUUCAAGGCCGCCGCGCAGGCGGCGCUGGCGGGGCCCGACCCCCGUGGGACUCCUGUGCAGGGCCUCACCCGCUUCUACAUGUGGGCCCAGACCGAGCGGGCCGUUCUCAUCGCGGCGCGCGUGCCCACAGGGUAUGCGGAUCGGGAGCUGGUGGUGGAGGCGAGUGCCGCCGGCCUACUGAUCCAGAGUGAGGAGUCGCCAGCCCUCAUUGACCGCGACUGGGCCUUCCCCGUGCUGGCAGGUGCCCCCGUGGAGGUCUCCAGGACCGUGGACAACCGGUUCUGCACAGUCAGCGUCACGAAGGCUGAAUACGGCCAAUUCUGGACGCGGCUGUUCAGGGGGGACUCUGACGGCCUGCGGUGCCUGGAGCCCCCCUACCGCCUCACAGAUGGCCCGGAUGAUGUGGUGAUGGAAGUGACCCUGCCCUUCUGGAUCGAGCCUGCCGACGUCGGGGUCGUGUUCUCGGAGACCGGCGUCGAUGUGAUGGUCCGCAACACGCUGCACGUCUCGCGCACGUUCUGGAGGAACGAGGAGGAGGCAGGCCGGCGCAGGGCCUACGCUGCUGUGGACGUGGAUGAGUGCCUGUGGUCCCUGGACGAGGAGGAGCUGGGCGGGGAGGCGGUGCGCAUCCUCAUGGUCACCUUGGCCCGGCCCGAGCUGACGGAGGAGGAGAUCACGUGGAAGAAAGGCCAACGGCAGGACAACCGGUCCAAGGAGCACCCUGGGAUGCUGGGCCGGCGGGGCUACCGCUUCUUCAUCGAGGAUGAGGACGAGUUUGAGCUGGAGGACAUGCUCCAGGCAGCCUGCUUUGCGGAGGCGGGCCGCACCUUCGUCCCCGCCAAGCCCUGGGAGGCGGGGGCCCAGCCGCGGUGGGUCGACGCGGCGCAGGCACUGCCGAAGACCGUGCAGGCCCUGCUGGCGCAGCUACCCCGGCCCGGACCCGAGCCGGCCGGCGGCUGA